CAGGACCCUGUGCCCUUCUGCUCCCUGCCCCCUCGCUGGGUGGCACUGGUCCCUGUCCCUUUUUGGGGUGUGUGUCCCCCCCUCCAGCCCUCACCCCAUGUCCCCCAGCACUACCUGACGGAGAUUGAGGUCCUGGCCAUCAUCUUCGCUGCCGCCAUCCACGACUACGAGCACACGGGCACCACCAACAGCUUCCACAUCCAGACCAAGUCAGACUGUGCCAUCCUCUACAACGACCGCUCGGUGCUGGAGAACCACCACAUCAGCGCCGUCUUCCGCAUGAUGCAGGAUGACGAGAUGAACAUCUUCGUCAACCUCACCAAGGAUGAAUUCGUGGAGCUGCGGGCUCUGGUCAUCGAGAUGGUCCUGGCCACCGACAUGUCGUGCCACUUCCAGCAGGUGAAAUCCAUGAAGACGGCACUGCAGCAGCUGGAGCGGAUCGACAAAUCCAAGGUGCUUUCGCUGCUGCUGCACGCGGCCGACAUCAGCCACCCCACCAAGCAGUGGGCGGUGCACAGCCGCUGGACCAAAGCGCUGAUGGAGGAGUUCUUCAGGCAGGGUGACAAGGAGGCUGAGCUGGGGCUGCCCUUCUCGCCCCUCUGCGACCGCACCUCCACGCUGGUGGCCCAGUCCCAGAUCGGUUUCAUUGACUUCAUUGUGGAGCCCACCUUCUCUGUGCUGACCGACGUGGCCGAGAAGAUGGUGCUGCCCCAAAACGAGGAUGGUUCCAAAGCCAAGGGCAACCCGGCAGGCGGCCAGCAGGCCAGCUCACAGUGGCGACAGACAUCCCUGGAUGAACACCUGGAGCUUGGGGACAUCAAGGCUGACCUGGCCAGCUUCCGUUCCACCUGGACCAAAUACAUCCAGGAGAACAAGCAGAAGUGGAAGGAGAGGGCGGCCAGCGGCAUCACCAACCAAGUGUCCAUCGAGGAGCUGUCACCCUACGAGGAGGAGCCCCCCGUGCCCCCCACCCAGCACAAGCACAAUGGCGAGGUGGAAUAGCACACGGCCGAGGUCCUCAUCCAACCCAGUGAUGCCGUUCAGUCCAAAGUCUUUGAUGCCAUCGACUUCAGCACCAUUCGCAGGGAAGGAGCCGCCGGGGUCCGUGCCAAGAGCAUCCCCCGAUGGCAGCGCCGGGUCCUGGGGGGCCGGGACCCCCGGGAUUUCCUCCCAUCCUGUGCCAAACUGUCCGCCAAGCCGUGUGGUGCUGAUCCACGGGUGAUGGUGAUGCUGAGCCUCUCACUGCCGCGCCGGAGGGAUUUGUCCUUAUGGCUUUUUAGAAAUCUGCUUCUCGCCCCGCAGGGGGAUCCAGGUGUUGGGGAAGGGGGUGGUGGCACCGCGGGGGGAGGCAGGGGACCGAAGGAUGGAGGAACUGUAAGGGGUUUGUUGUCACUUCGGGCCCCUCUUUUUCUUGCUGGGUCUGUGCUCACGCUGCUGGGUGUCCCCAGGUGUCCCCCUGUGCCGUCCCCAUCCCGUCCCACCUGCUUGGAGAUGGCAGAUGCUGAGAUCUGUCCCUAUGUUGAGCAUCUCCGGCGUGGGGUGGCUUCUGAGUUAUGGCUCUCCUGGGUUGGGGACCCUCCUCUGUGGGGCCCGGCCCCAGGGACACCCCAAGGGCAGGGAGCUGAGGCCAGCCGAGUGGAGGGGGGGGGGGGGCAAAGUUGGUACCCACAGUGGCCCUGAGGUUCUUCCAGCACCCCCAGUUCUGUGCCUCUAGCCCCUAUGGCUGCAGUGUGCCGCAUGCACUGCUGCCCCUGCUGGAUUUCCAGUCCCCCAACCCGGCUCCAAAACACCCCCAGGAGACCCCGCUCCCUCCGGCAUCCUGGCACCGGCGUGCUUCAGCAUCCUCCAGCAUCCCAAGCUCUGGUGUGCUCGAGCAUCCUCUGCAUCUGGGCUCCACUGUGCUCGAGAAUCUCCAGCAUCCUGGCUCCAAAGUGCUCCAGAACCCCAAACUGAUGCCCUCUGGAACCUGACUUGGAGCGCUCCAGCAUCUCCAGCAUCCUGGCUCCACUGUGCUCCAGCAUCUCCAGCAUCCUGGCUCCGACCUCCUCCAGAACCCCAAACUGGAGCUCUCCAUCACCCCCCUGCACCCCCUUCAGCUCCAUUUUACCCCAGCACCCCCCAAAUCUCCAGCAACCCGGAGCAUCUUCCAGCUCCGUCGUCCUCCCCCCUUCCAUGGUGCCUGGAUCACCCCACGGCUCCGGCCCGGCCCUGUACAUAGCCCAGCACACAGCUGUGUGUCUUUGUACUUUUCUACCAUGCGGUCACGUCGUGCCUCCAUCACUGCUGGCACAGCUCCGCCUCGCGCCCGCCCGCACACGCAUGUGAAAUCAAGAGCAGCUGCUAACGAGCAAUUAAUAAACCGUACGCCACCGCCA